CUCAAAGCACCAGAGAGUCCUGGAGAUGUUCUGUAGGACCGACAAGGUGUUUGUCUGCUCAGAGUGUGUGGCAACUGAACACAGCGGUCAUGACACCAAGACGCUCAAUGAGGAGAGAGCUGAGAGAAAGAGUCAGCUGGAGAGCACAACAAAAGAAGUGAAAAAGAGACUCCAGGACAAAAUGAAGAGAGUGGAGAAACUGAAGGAGACUUCAGUGAGUAUCAAGAUUUCUGCAGAAGAAGAGGUGCAGGAACACCAGAAAACCUUCAAGUCUGCAAUUCAGUCCAUGAAGGGACUGAAGUCAAUUGUGAUCAACAAGAUCAGAAAAUAUAAACGGGAGAAAGUGCGAAAGGAUGAAGAGCUCAUUAAGAGACUGGAGAAGGAGAUCAGGGAGCUUAAGAGGAGAGAAGCUGAGCUGGCCGAACUUUCACAGACAGACAACCACAUCCACUUCUUAAAGAAACUUCCAUCUCUCAAUCUCUCACCUGAAGAUGACAGCUCACCUGAGGAUGCUGGUAAUGGAGAUUUCCUUCCUGACUCUAAGAGGAAGAAUCUUACCGUUCUGAAGGAAAGACUGGAGGACAUCGGCAACUGGGAGUUUGUGAAGACCAGUAAGACCGGUAGCCAUGAUUUACCAAAGAAAUUGAUUACUGGAGGACAUCUUCAAAUACGAGGAUACACUGAACAGAAGACGGCUGAGCACUUAGGUUGUCCUGCGUCACGUACCUACAAGGGGCUUACAAAGGAAGGCCUGUCUGCACGCCGUAAAUUCAGUGGCGUUACUGACAAUGAGCUUGAUGAUGAAGUCGAACUGCUCCAUUCUCAAUGUCCAAAUUCUGGGACAGAGAUGAUCAGUGGACAUCGUAAAGCAAAGGGAUUAAAUGUACAAAGUAAAAGAAGACGCCGCUCUUUAAUGAGAACUGAGCCUCUGAGUACCGCAGGAAGACGGGCCGAGGUAAUCCAAAGAAGAUCCCACCGAGUUGUAUCCCCAAACCGUCUCUGGCACAUGGACAGCCACGUGAAGUUGAUACGAUGGAGAUUUACUGUUCCUGGAUGCAUUGAUGGAGUCUUGCGUCUUAUUCUUUAUUUAAAUUGUGCAUUGGAUAACAAAUCGUUCAGAGUUUUAGAAGUUUUUUGCAAGGCUGUCAUGAAGUAUAGCUUACCACCUCGAGUAAGAUCAGAUCACAGAGGAGAAAAAUCAGUACGUAACCAAAGAAUCGAAAGGCUUUGGAAAGACGUACUCUCACAGGUCAUUGAACCAUUUUACAAGGAGUUCUAUGAAAUGGAGGAUCUUCUUAUUCUGAAUGCAGACAAUAAUGUACACAUAGCUUGUCUUCAUUUAGUGUACCGUAAUGAAAUCAACACACGACUUGAACUAUUUAGAAAUGGUUGGAAUAUGCGCAGAAUUAGAACAGAAGGAAACCAAACACCAGAACAGAUUUGGUCAGAUGGGCUUCUCAUCACAAAUUCUGCUCCACCAGAUGUUACUAUUGAGCAGCUUUUAUUAGAAAACUUACAAAGAAUUGGGGGGCCAGCUUUAGUUUCUUCAGGUGUGAUUGAGGCAGACGAGUCACCCGACACAUUAAAUUUAACUAAUCAGCAGAUGGAAACGCUUUCUGUUGAGUUUCAGCAUGGAGAAGGACUACAGGAUGACAAUUCUCGAUGUGUCCAUUGUGUUGUUGAGCUUAAUGAAGACAGCACUACGUCAUCAGCUUAA